GUCGAAGUACACGAUGAUUACUCUGCGACGAGAGCCACAGUCAUCGUCGCCUUCACGCACGACGGUCUCGUCAUUUCUGCUCUUGCCGUCGCCCACCGGCACCUGUCGGCCAUGGCCAUGCCCCGUGUACCCUCCGCCGCGCUCAAACUGACGUACUUUGACUUUACGGGCAGGGCCGAGCCGAUCCGGCUCGCGUUUGUCUUGGGGGGGGUCCCGUUUGAAGACGACCGCAUCUCGUUUGCCGAGUUGGCCGAGUUGAAGCCGUCGCUUCCGAACCGCCAAGUGCCGGUUCUAACGAUCGGAGGAAGAGCGAUGUACGCACAAUCCCACGCGAUAUUGCGGUAUGCAGGCGUGGUGGCGGGGUUGUACCCCACGGAAGACCCCGUGGUCGCGCUGGCUGUCGACGAAAUCGACGACUCGACCGCCGACAUUCUCGAGCUCAUGCUCUCCACCCGUCUGGAAGGAGACAAGGACAAGAAGCGAGCGCGGUGCGACGAACUGGUCCACGGCAAGCUGAAGGACAUGCUGGGCUUCCUCGAUGCCCGCAUCGAACAAUGCCGCCUGACGCAUGGUACACUGGACAGAGAUGGCAAAGGCGGGCCGUGGGUGCUCCAUGCCAGGCUAACCACGGCCGACUUGGCAGUCCACAACCUCGUGGGCAUGACCAAGUUGGGCUGGCUCGAGUUCAUCCCGACCGACUUGUGCGACUCGUUCCCGCGACUGGUCGCGAUUCAUCUCGCCAUUGCGACGCAUCCGACGGUAGUCGCGUGGAAGUCCAGUCGUCGACCGUAAGCCACUUGCCGCGGCUGUACCUCUCCGCCGUGCCAUGGUCCACUGCAUCCAGCAACACUAAAACCAAUCACGAUUUUUCAAAAACGUCCUCCUUCCACUUCGCCUAACUACUCUAAACCACGCGUCGUAAAGCCA